AUUAUGCGCAGCUUUGGUCUUACUGACAGUGAGAUUGCAAGAUUCCAAGAUCCAUAUGAAUGGUUGUAUUACUUUCCCCCUUUGGCUGUUGAAGACCUCAAGGCAUAUGGUUUGGGCUGUGAUUGGAGACGCUCAUUCGUGACUACUGAUGUUAAUCCUUUUUUCGAUGCCUUUGUGAGGUGGCAGAUGAGGAAGUUGAAAUCUAUGGGAAAGAUUGUCAAAGACCGUAGGUACACAAUUUUCUCACCUUUAGAUGGCCAGCCUUGUGCUGAUCACGACCGUGCUACUGGUGAAGGUGUUCAGCCUCAAGAGUAUACUCUCAUAAAGAUGGAAGUAGUGAAACCAUUUCCUCUAAAAUUGGGUCCUUUGGAAGGAAAGAGAGUAUUUUUGGCUGCAGCUACUUUGAGGCCUGAGACCAUGUAUGGACAAACAAACGCUUGGGUGCUACCUGAUGGGAAAUAUGGAGCUUAUGAAAUCAGUGAAACUGACGUAUUCAUUCUUACUGAGAGAUCUGCAAUCAACCUUGCCUACCAGAACUUCUCAAAGAUCCCUCAGAAGCCUUCCUGCUUGGUUGAGUUGACCGGGUAUGACCUGAUUGGACUCCCUUUGAAGUCUCCUCUGUCAGUGAACGAGAUCAUCUAUGCUCUCCCCAUGUUAACGAUUCUGACCAACAAAGGUACUGGUAUUGUCACCAGCGUUCCUAGUGAUUCCCCUGAUGACUACAUGGCUUUACGUGAUUUAAAAGCAAAGCCUGAUCGUCGAGCAAAGUACGGUGUGAAAGACGAGUGGGUACCCUCUGAUAUCGUACCCGUUAUCAACAUCCCAGAAUUUGGGGAUAAGGCUGCCGAAAAGGUUUGCCUGGAUCUGAAAAUUCAAAGUCCAAAUGAUAAGGACAAGCUUGCAGAGGCGAAGAGGUUGACUUACCUGAAAGGAUUCACCGAAGGAACAAUGCUUAUUGGAGAGUUUGCUGGUAGGAAAGUUCAAGAAAUCAAGCCCAUUGUCAAGACAAAGCUCAUAGAGUCUGGCGAGGCUAUCGUAUACAGUGAACCCGAGAAGCCAGUGAUGUCAAGAUCGGGUGAUGAAUGUGUUGUGGCUCUUACAGAUCAGUGGUACAUAGCUUACGGCGAAUCAGAAUGGAGGAAAAUGGCUGAGGAAUGCUUAUCAAAAAUGAAUCUCUACUCUGAAGAAACAAGGCAUGGCUUCGAGCACACUUUGAGCUGGCUCAAUCAGUGGGCUUGCUCACGGUCUUUUGGUUUAGGAACUCGUAUUCCCUGGGAUGAGCAGUUCCUUGUUGAAUCUUUAUCUGAUUCAUCUAUUUAUAUGGCCUAUUAUACAGUUGCUCAUAUCUUUCACGAUGGA